GUAGGAUCUUCAUUGAUCGAUGAAAAAAUCGUCGUUCUAAUUUCUAUGCAGGUACUGUGGCAUAAAAGUUGCGCUACUUGAGGGUGGCAAUAUCAAAACCUUGAGAAAGUUGAGCUACCUUGGAGGACUACCCGUGUACCCAUACUACACCUACGGCCAAAGUAGAGUCGCAGAAGUCAUGGAAGACUGGGCUUUUAAAAAGAAGGUCCAGUGCGUAAUUACUCUAGGCGACAACAUAUACUAUGUUGGCGUAAAAGACGAACAGGAUCCUCGAUUCAAAGCAAGUCUCUUCUUUCAUCAACUCGUUCGAUGGGAAAUACUUUUAAACUCUAACACUUUCGAGAACAUUUACAAUGGCAAGGGAUUGGAUGUACCUUGGUACAUGACUGCAGGAAACCACGAUUAUUUGGGCAAUAUUUCAGCCCAAAUUUCAUACAGCAACUACAGCCAUAAAUGGUCAGCUUACAUUAAGAGUAACAAUGGUUUAAGUAUUGCGCAUUUCCCUGGGCUGUACUACAAGUUGUCGUUCCCACUUACAAAGGCAUGUGUUGAAAUUCUUAUGAUUGAUACGAUAGUGCUCUGCGGAAAUGUUGCAAAAAUUCAUAAGGUGCUUCUCUUGAGAAAACACAAUAAAGAUCCCACUCGUGCUGACCAGAAUCUCAGGGAUAGAGCGGAAAGACAGUGGCGAUGGAUAGAAAAGAAUCUGAAAACAAGCAAGGCUGACUAUCUGUUUGUUGCUGGUCAUUAUCCGAUCCAUUCAAUGGCCUCGCAUGGACCGACAACCUGCCUUCGGAAAAGACUCGAUCCUCUACUCAGGCGAUAUCAUGUAUCAGCAUAUUUCUCCGGGCACGACCAUACCUUGCAGCAUAUUGUUUAUCCGAUUGGCGACGGUUAUGAAAUGCACUAUGUGGUCUCUGGUGCUGGGUCACGAUCAGACCAUUCCACUAAACAUCUUGGCACGAUUCCUGCACAGUUUUUAAUGUUUCGCUAUCCUGUUGGUUGGAAUCCAAUCUCAAAUUGGGGAUUCACUUACGGUGGCUUUCUUUACAUGGAAAUCACGAAGAAUAGUGCUUCGCUGCAAUUUAUAACGGGAAGCAACGUGACAAUGUACAGGACAAAGAUCUAUCCCAGAUCAAUGAGUGAAAGGCGGAGUAUUUUUGAACAGCAAACUCUCGUCGAAGCCGUGAACGAUAUUACUUCAAAUGAGGACACCGAUUAUUUAAGAAUAAUUGUUGUAGGAGAUAUUGGAGGACUACCUAUAUUUCCAUAUUACACUUAUGCUCAGUCCAAAGUUGGAAAGGUUAUGGAAAACUGGGCAAAAAAGAAGGAUAUUCAUUGUGUGUUGAAUGUUGGUGACAACAUUUAUUAUAAUGGUGUGAAGAAUGAGCAUGAUUCAAGGUUUCGUGUGAGUGCUUCUGCUUUGGCUCUCAUUGCGCAUGAGGACAAGUUACAACAGACUAUAGCAGCUGCUGAUAUUUGAGA